AUGCACCCUAUACCAUUAAACAAGGAUUUUCGCGUCGAAGCACGCACGCUUGAUUCUAAUGAGUGGGCUCCUGUCCUGGCAUACGCUACAGAUGUUGCCAACGCCAAUAUCACCAAAAACGAAUUCGACCAUCAUACGGUUGCGGUGGCAUCCAUAGACCUGCAUCCAACGUCCAGCGUCGAGAUCAAAGUCUGCUAUGAUAAAUGCGCCAUUGCGACUGCCCGGGUUUUGCCUACUAUCUUAGGGGUAGAAACACGGGUCCAGGGCAAUACUAUAACGUUUAAGAUGUCUCAGGUUGCAGAUGUCAUGCUGGAGAUCAAUGGAGACAAAUGGAAAGCACUUCAUUUGUUAAUGAACGAGAUCGAUGUAAAUGCGCCAACUAGCAGUACUCAAGAUGUAUGGUACUUUGGUCCUGGCCUCAACAAUGGACAAGCCUUUGAGAAAGCCGUGGACGGAAACAUUACAGUCCCAUCCAACACAUCUGUCUAUCUCGCUUCAGGAGCUUUCGUUACUGCGAAGUUUGUUUUCUCAGGCGUGCAGAAUUCAGGCAUCCAAGGACGCGGUUUCAUCUGCAAGGACUCGGUCAUCCAUACCAAUCCCUGCCAUUCGCGCGAGCUCACUGGGAGCGCAAUUUUAAUAGAGCAUUCGAACAACAUAAAAGUACAUGGAGUAACUUCGCUAGGGGCUAGAGGGUUUAGCCUCCCUGUGUGCCAGUCUAAAAAUAUCCACAUCCACCGUUAUCGAUCGUUCUCGUCUGCGGGGAAUGGAGAUGGGAUAGACCUUUUCUGUUGCAACAACGUUGUCAUCGAGAACUGCUUUUUGCGUAAUUCAGAUGACACGAUCGCCAUAUAUGGACAUCGUUGGAAUUACCACGGAGACAGUUCUGAUAUAAUUAUAAGGAACUGCGUGCUGUUACCUGACAUAGCGCAUGGCAUUCACGUUGGGACGCAUGGAAACCCUGAGAAACCUGAGCGAAUCAGCGACAUCCGAAUAGACAACAUCGAUAUCCUGGAUCAUUGCGAGAACCAACUCUGGUAUCAAGGAUGCGUCUCGCUGAAUGCGGGCGACUCAAAUCUAAUUUGCGAUGUGGACAUUAACAAUGUUCGAAUUGAGAAGAUCACCAAGGGUCAAAUGAUCAACAUCCGGGUUAUGAAGAAUGCCAUGUGGACGACGGAGCCAGGGCGGGGCGUAAAGAACAUUGCGAUGCGAAAUCUGACACUGAACAUGGAAAAUUCGGUGGCAGUACAUCCGUCACAGAUUUUAGGCUACGACGCGACACGACAAGUGGAGAAUGUCAGAUUUGAGAACCUCAGGGUUGGUGGCAACUUGAUACACGAGGGUUCGCAAAAGCCACGAUGGUAUAUGGUGGCAGAUUUAGUUCCCGUUUUCAUCAACGAGCACGUCAAGAACGUUGAGUUUCUUAUCGCGCCAGGACAAUGA